AUGUCGGAUGAUCUGCAUGUCUGGUGGACUUCUGGGGAACUGGUGGCCACAACAAGCCGACAGGAGCUUCCUGACGUGAUCUCCUUGAAGAAGCACCUUCAUUGGCUAACCGGCUAUCCUCGCUUCUGGCAGCGCCUUCUUCACGGGGGCGCCGUCUUGGAGGAUGAGGAAUGGUUGGGGAAGGUCGUCGACGUACAGCUGGUCGUACUCCACGACUUUGUCCACGUUUCAGAGGAGGAGACCUUUGAGUUGGCGAUCGCCUCGGAUCGUGGUCGUGUGCAGGAGGUUGAGGCGAUGCUGCAGCGCCCCCUUGACCCAGACACGGGCUUCUGGGCCAUGGGCGUGACACCCCUGCACUUCGCAUGCCGCCGAGGCUACGGGGCUAUCGUAGGUAUGCUGCUGGAGGCAGAGGCCGAGGUGAACAAGAUCGACAUGCGUGGUGCCACCGCCCUCCACCUUGCCGCGAAGAGGGGCCACUCGCACAUCGCCACGUUGCUACUGGAAGCGAGUGCAGAUGCCGACCUCAACAUCGACGACGGCCUUGCGCGCACGGCUCUACACUGGGCAUCCGCCCUGGGACGCCUGGACGUCGUGGAGGUGCUUCUGCGCAGUAGGGCCACAACGGACUUGCCGGACAAGGCCGGCCGGACAGCUCUUCAUGGGGCUUCAUGUCGAGGCCACACCGCCGUGGUGCGCAUGCUGCUGGAAUCCCGGGCCUGCGUCGACUGGGUGGAUGCGGGUGGGGAGACGUCACUUCUGUGGGCCGUGGACCAGGGCCAUGCAGGAGCCGUGCAAGUUCUGUUGGAGGCGAAGGCAGACACAAAUCACGCGGGCAACGCUGGUUAUGCGGCCAUUCACGUUUCGUGCUCCAGAGGCUACGAGGAAAUUGCCACAUUGCUGCUCAAGUGCCGGGCGAACACGGAUGUGGUUGACAGGCAGGGAAGGACAGCUCUUCAUCGUGCAGCUUAUCAAGGGCAUUCCAGGAUGGUAUGUUUGCUGCUGGCUGUCAGGGCUGAGAUAGAUGUCAUUGAUAACCAUGGAAUGACGGCCCUGCACCGAGCGGCAUAUGAAUCCCGCGUACAAGCACUGCACUGCUUGGUCGAAGCACGAGCUGACAUGGGAUACAUUGACAGACAUGACAGAACAGCACAGGACUACGCGCAGUGCGCAGAAAUUCAACAUCUCCUGGCGAGUACGCCGUCCUGGAAUGCGGAGGCAACUCGACGUGUGAAAUGA